AUGUCGUUCUCAACAGAUGGUGCAUUGAGUAUAGAUGUUUUCCAUAAAGGAGUGUUUGUUCCUAAGCCCUUGAUGUACUUCAAUCCUGAUAAGACUUCUGUCACACAGGUAGACUUACGAAAUAUGGAGUUUAAGGACUUCAAAAUCUACAUCCGUAAUCUGACGAAGGGUAUGUGUCAUGAUAUGUACUACUGUCUUCCAAAUCGCGCCAUAGUAGAUGGGUUGAGGGAGCUGAGAGAUGAAGAUGAUUAUCUAAGGUUUCUUAAUGUUGGAUAUAAAAAUGGGAGAAGAAUCAGUAUCUACAUUGAUCACGACCACGAGCCACUUAUGCAAUGGAUUGAAGAAGAGAUAGCCGAAGAUGGAGUGUACGGUGAUAGUGAUCCAUCUUCUGAUGAUGUGGACUCAGUGAUGUCAGAUGAUAUAUCGGUAGACCAUGAAGUUGAUGAUGAGGUUAUAGAAAUUCCUAAAUCUGUUGAUCCGUUUUUAUCCAAGAAAAAUCUUAUUCCAGAAGGAGGGGUAGAUGAGGAAGUUGAUGAUGAGGUCCACCACUUUCCUAUUCAUGAUCCUGACCAGAAAUAG